GUAGGUGGCGGUAAGCUCCUGGUAGAGGAUGGGUGGGAGUCACUGGAGGCAAAGGGAAGUAGUCGAGGAAGAAGCCGACAACGUUCAGCAGAAGAUCGAAAUGGCCGCGCCAGCAGAGAGAAUGGAGGUUUCUCAGGGGGAGAGCUCAGUCAAACCUGCAGCUGAGGACAUGACGUCAAAGGACUACUACUUUGACUCUUACGCCCACUUUGGAAUCCAUGAGGAGAUGCUGAAAGACGAGGUUCGCACUCUGACUUACCGCAACUCCAUGUUCCACAACAAGCACUUGUUUAAGGACAAGGUGGUUUUGGAUGUCGGCAGUGGGACGGGUAUCCUCUGCAUGUUUGCUGCCAAAGCAGGGGCCAAGAAAGUUAUAGGGAUUGAGUGCAGUAGCAUCUCAGACUAUGCUGUGAAAAUUGUCAAGGCCAACAACCUGGAUGAUGUUGUGACCAUCAUUAAGGGGAAGGUGGAGGAGGUGGAGCUGCCUGUGGAAGGAGUGGAUAUCAUCAUCUCGGAGUGGAUGGGAUACUGCCUCUUUUAUGAGUCUAUGCUCAAUACAGUUAUUUAUGCCAGGGACAAAUGGCUGAAACCAGAUGGACUGAUUUUCCCAGACAGAGCCACACUGUAUGUCACUGCUAUUGAAGACAGGCAGUACAAGGACUACAAAAUCCACUGGUGGGAGAAUGUGUAUGGGUUUGAUAUGUCCUGUAUCAAGGAGGUGGCAAUAAAGGAACCCCUGGUUGAUGUGGUGGACCCCAAGCAGCUUGUCACCAACUCCUGUCUCAUUAGAGAGGUGGACAUCUACACGGUGAAGGCGGAGGACCUGACCUUCACCUCACCGUUCUGCCUGCAGGUGAAGAGGAAUGACUACAUCCACGCUCUGGUGACCUACUUCAACAUCGAGUUCACUCGCUGCCACAAGAGGAUCGGCUUCUCCACCAGCCCAGAGUCUCCCUAUACCCACUGGAAGCAGACAGUUUUUUACCUGGAUGACUACCUGACGGUGAAGACCGGAGAGGAGAUCUUUGGCACCCUCAGCAUGAAGCCAAACGUCAAGAACAAUAGGGACCUGGACUUUGCUGUCGACGUGGAUUUCAGGGGUCAGCUGUGUGAGGUGUCAAAGACUUUGGAGUACAGGAUGCGUUAGGAAGCCCUCCCCUGUCUUUGUGUUGGUCUUUAUUAGCAGACAGUUUACAGCUUAACUAGGUUAACUGGAAGGGUGUUCUCUAGUUGAAGCUCCCUUGCAGUGACCUUUUAAAGACAUGUUGUUUUUGUUCAUAGUUUCAGUAUUUCCAACAUUUCCACAUCUUUAAGUUUAGAGUACAUUGGUGUGGUGAUUCCUUGUGCAGUAGCCACUCUAAGCCUGGUAUUUAGGCUCAGCAUCUUACUGGGUUCUGCUUCCAGACUCUUGUAGUUUGCACAUGCAAGAUUUACAUCCAUACAAACACAGCCCAACUGAUAAUAAGAUGUUCCUCAGCAGCCUAUAGGCUUGUUACAGUUCGCAACAGUUCAAAGUGAGAAGUAGUCGUCCAAAAGCAAACGGCUGGAAGUUGAGGCCAAAAUAAAGUUGAAUUUUCUUUUCUAUUUUUUUGUAUCUUUUUUUGGCUGAAGCUCUGUUUAACAAAUAAAGUGAAUAAAAAGUUGGUUCUCCUCACUUUCAAAUUGUUCAUGAUCUUCUAAAAAAUUCUCUGUUUCAACAUGAUGCACCAAUCAGUUUUCUGUGAGGCAUGCCCUGCCAGUCCUUAUUUGGACCAAUUUCACUUGUUUUCUGGAGGUAUUUUUCAAUCCAACAUAAUGAGGGAAUGCAGAGGUUUACGUGUCAAUUCAAAUGUGUUGAACCUUUGAAUGUUACUAAAACCAAAAAGGCCAUCAAUGUACCUGCUGCUGCUGGAUGCGUUUAUAAGCUGAAAAUGGAGGGUAGUGCAUCAUUAAUACUCAGCUUUAGUCAACACACACCAAGAUGGCUUUUAACUUCCAAAACAUAAAUGUACGACACAAUUUUCUUUUUUUUUUUUAUGUAUGAACUAUAAUAAAGAUGGUUUUUUUGGAUUCCAUGAGAUAAAGCUGCCCAUCAGUGAUUUUUAAGAGCCUGUGAAAGCUAUUUUACUGGAGGUGUCUUGUAGGUUUACACCUGAGCUGCUUGGAGAUGCAUGUUAUGUCCUGCUCCACUAUAGGUUCUGAACUCUUCUGCAUCAUGGCAGGAAGCUUUUUAGACUUCCUGUAACUGCUUACUGUCAUUCCUAGAUAUUGAGAAAAACCUUUAGAUAUGUGAAUGGAAAUGGGUGGACUACCAUGUUCAGAAACUGCCUGUUUAAAUGAGAACAUGCAAACAGUCGAUGGGUGUACUAAGUUUGUUAAAGUUGAAUAUACUUGUAAUCUGGUUUGUUUCCUAACCAUUUCAGAACUUGGCAAAAUAAGUUUUGUAAUCUGACAUUUUCCUCAGCCAUGUUAGGUUUGUUGUACCUUCGUUUCAACAUUUCAAUAAACCUCAGCAAAAAC